AUGGUGCACACACUUUCUCUAAUGGCUUCUCACAUCUACCCUUCACCCCUUGCCUUCCCCACAACACAUGUCAAGGAGUGUCAAACUUUUGCACCUUCUUCUUUAGCAAAACCAGAUAUGCUCAAUUGUCAGUAUCCUUUUCUUAACUCAAGUCCAUUUGGAGAGCCCGUUAAAACCCGAAAAAAUUGGUUUGAUGAAACUCAGUUCGUCAAUGUUGAUUCCUCGCCCCAAUGGCAUGUAUCAAUUGAUGCACAAGAAUCCUAUUCAAAUGCAGUACUUUUAGGCUUUGGCAUUGUUGAGCAAUCCAUUAAUGAACCUCACCAACCAUUCUCAUCUGACUCGUCGUCUCUUUUAUACCUUAAUGACAAAUUCAACAUCAAGAAACCUUUUCUAUAUUUUCUUCAAGAUUCCGCACUUACUUCAAAGGUUACGGUUCAUCUUGAUGGCCAAAUCAAAUUUAUGGGUGCUGAAAUUCAGAUGAAAGAUCUUCUUCCUGUAGUUGCUGAGUCAUAUUUGUCAAAGAGAUUACAUAAGGGUGAAAGGCUCUCAGUGCUUGUUCCACACUUCAGCAGGGUGAAUAUCAGCGAAGCAGAAGUACAGAGUCAUUCAUCUACAAUGAAGAUCAAAGCUACCUUAACUGCUCCUUUAAGGAGUCCUGAGAAAGUCAAACUCAAACCAUCAAAAAAAAGAUCAUAA